UGACGUCAUCAGUCUGAGGCGGAAGUAGCUGUCAGAACUGUGGCGGGGGCUGCAGCAGGAUGAUGAAGAUGAGCUGAAAACUGUUGAAAAUUACACAACAACAAGCCUGAAGUUGACUCAACUGCUUUUUUAUGCUCUGUGAGCAGUGAUGAAGACCGUGUUUGUAACGGUCGGCACCACGAGCUUCGAUGAGCUCAUUGUAAACGUCACGUCGUCCGAAGCCGCUCAGGCCUUAAAAUCUCGUGGAUAUGAGCGUUUGGUUCUUCAGGUUGGAAGAGGAUCUUUUCUUCCAGAUGCUGAGAGCUGUCCACACAUCAGACUGGAGGCUUUUCGAUUCAAAGACUCGAUAGCAGACGACAUGGAGCAGGCGGACCUCGUCAUCAGCCAUGCAGGGGCGGGAAGCUGCUUGGAGGCCCUCGGUGCGAGGAAGCCUCUGCUGGUCGUUGUCAAUGACAAGCUGAUGGACAACCACCAGCUGGAGCUGGCCAGACAGCUACAUAUGGACUCCCACUUGCUUUACUGCACUUGCAGCACCCUGACAGAAACACUGAAGACCAUGGAUCUGUCUGUUCUUCAGCCUUUUCUGCCCGGAAAGCCGAAGAUUUUUGCGAACUUUCUCGACAAAGCCCUCGGCGUCCAGUGAAACUUUAAUUCAAGAGGACUGUUUAUGUUCUGGCAAACUGGAUUCAACACUAUCAUGUUGUAGUAGAGAAUGAGACUUGGUUCUUACAUUAUGAUUGUGCACUACACAACUGUUAAACAUGUGUUCUAUUUUUAUACCCAGUGUGUAUUUGUUAAUAAUACAUUCCUAACUUUGCUGACAUUUGGUGGUUUUUCAAGUGUGACAUACUGAAUAACUUCAAACCACAGCGUCCAUGUUAAAAGAGAAAGUUUUGGCACCGAGUCUCAUUGUUUAUAGUUGAAGUAGAAUCCUAUCUGUGCUUUUUCUAAGUUAUGCCUAAAUCUGUCUCUGUAUCUCUGCAGAACAUCAGGAGAAAUGGAGCAUUUUAAAAUGUUUUCUUAGCUCAGAUAAGAGGCGCCACGAUCUGCUUCAGUGAUCAGUGAAUGAGAGGCCGUCGUAAAUCAGCUUACCUGCAGGGAAGCAUUUAGCUUAGAGGCUGAAAUCCUGAAUGAAGCUCUGUUGUGAUUUUUUUUUUUUUGAAUGUAUUUUGAAGACAGAUCAUUUUAAAUCUUUUUCAGCUUUGUGGAGUGACCAUUUCAAGUUAUCUCUAUAAAAUUAGUGUAAAACUGCCAUUAAGAAAAGUUCAUAUUCUAGGGAAAGUGCUGAUGUUGCUGUAAUGCUGUUGAUUCAUGUCUUUGCGCAACAUUUUCUUCACAUGGAGAGGUUUUGUUUUACAGGAAAUGAUAGUUGAAAAGCAGCACGUAGUCUAGGUCUGCCCUGAGCUGAGUUUAGAGUCACAGCAGGAAACAUUUCUGUCCACUUCUUGCUACAGAGGCUGAUGAGUCAGAAAGUUUCUGUUUAUCUGAUAACAGGUGGCAGAUAGAACAGACUAACACACUGAUUUCACCUGAAUUUAGUGAUGAAUCUGUUGGUGUUCAUUCCCCAACCUGCAUGUGAGCUAUAGAUGGCAGUUUAAUAAAGAAAUUUAAGGACCA